UCAUUUCUAUUGAUUGAGUACCCUUCAAUUCAACAAAAGUUAUCAAUUAGCUAAAAAAUAGUGUUCAAAAAACAAAAGCAAAAAUGCAAGUUGAUAUCAUUUCAAGAGAAAUAGUUAAACCAUCUAUUCAUCAAACCAAAAAACCUUUCAAAUUAGCUCUUUUCAAUCAGCUUACUCCAAUAACUUACUCGCCAUUCAUCUUGUUCUACCUCCCCACAUCAUCUUCACGUAGUAAUGUCACUCAAACCCUAGUUCUCCUGAAAAAGACUCUCUCAGAAACCCUAAAUUUGUACUAUCCUUUUUCAGGAAGAGUAGUUGAUAAUUUCCAUAUUGAUCAUUUCAAUGAAGGUAUUCCUCUAAUUAUAGCAAGAAUUAAUGGGUUAUCACUGUCUGACUUUCUUAAAAACCCUAGACUUGAGUUCAUCAAUGGGUUCCUUCCGUUCAAACCUUUCACUAAAAUUACAGAUAUGGGGGUUCCACAAAUGGGAUUUCAAGUGAAUGUUUUUUCUUGUGGGGGGCUUGCUAUAGGCUGCUGUGCGUCGCAUAAACUCGUUGAUGGACCUACUGGUGCUGCUUUUAUCCAUGCAUGGGCUACCCUAACUCGUACCGGGUCACUCAGUAGUGUUGUAAAACCUAAUUGUGACGAGGCAUCCGUGUAUUUUCCACCAAAAAAUCCAUUUCCUCAAGAACAUUUGUCACUAAUGGAGACUUUAUGGUUUACAGAAGGUAAUUACAUUUCGAAACGAUUCGUUUUCAGUGCCAAAGCGAUCACUUCAAUUCGGAUCAAAGCGAGGGGAGAAGGAAAUGAGAAGAAAAAGCUUCCAUCGCGGAUCGAAGCUUUAUCUUGCUUUAUAUGGAAAUGCUGCAUGGCAGCGUCUAGGGCGGUUUCAGGUGCACCAAAGGCGUCUAUUUUGGUGGAAGCGGUGAAUCUUCGGACAAGAACAAAGCCUCCGAUGUCAAAUGUGUCGCUCGGUGAUAUAUUCGGGUGGGCGACCGCGGUGGCGGAUCCAACUUUACGGGAAAAAGAAUUGCAUGAGUUAGCAGCAUUACUUGAAGAAGCUAUUAAAUUAUAUGAUGAUAGGGAUUAUAUGGAUUCUCUACAAGGUGAUGAUGGAUUUGAGACUAUGAAUGAUUAUCAUAACCAGCUACAAGGGUUAUUUGCUGUUGAAAAACCAGAUAUUUUUGCAUUCACGAGCUGGUGUCAUCUUGGUCUUAAUAAUGUGAAUUUUGGAUUUGGUGAUCCAAUUUGGUUUGGAAUUUUGGGAAAAGUUGGACCUGCAUUUAGAAAUCUUACUGUAUUUACUGAAGCAAGAGAUGGCAAAGGGAUUGAAGCAUGGAUCACUCUGGAUGAAGAUAGAAUGACCAAAUUGGAACAUGAUCCUCAAUUUUUAGCUUAUGCUUCCCCUAAUCCUAAAAUUUCUAGUUUGUGAGUAAUUUGGUUGAUUUACGUUUCCUUUUUUAAUAUUUUUUUUUAUGAAGUUUCCUUUUUUAAUUGAACAAGGGUAAUUGAAUAUUUUAUAUAUUUGUAAUUGUUGAGCUUUUUUAUUUGGCUUAACCAUUAUAAAUUAAUGUCUAUGUUUGCUUGAA